AUGGAUACUACAAACUUGGCCUCGCUUGUUACUGGCGUUGUCUUCACCUUAGCUGGCAUCACCCUCGGCACCUACCUCAUUAUCCUCGCUUACGUUCCCAGAAAUAAGAGAUCAGUAGCAGGCAUCUCUUCCUUUGGAUUGCGACAAUUACGCUUCCCUUCUUCUUUCCCAACAGAUAUCGACGGCGAUUUUGUUGAAGAGCUUUUGCACUUUGACUUUCGCAACGCGCCAAUUCGCCCCUAUCGUCCUUUUUUGCCUGCCCCUAAGCAUGUUGCGAUGGGUAAGUCAAGACACCACAUAUAUGAAGUAAAAUAGGACGACUUUCUAACAACUUUGCAGGCAUUGAUACUUGUCUUCACAACGACUGGAUCCAAAUCGACAGCGGUUAUCUCAAUCGCCUCCAAGAACGCUCUCAAACCCUCCAAGACCACGCCAAAGACGCAGUCGGCGUGAAAUCGCACUCCAGAGCCGCAAUCAUCGAGCUCUUCAUCGAAGUGAUCAUUCGCCACAUCCCCCAUCGCUUCCCCACCAUGUUCAAGCUCGAAAACAGCACCUUCAAGAAUCUCGCUACGGGGAAAGAAUACAACAUUCUGGAUGGACUUCAAGACGCCGAUAUCGCUUUGCGUAUCCUGUGCGAAAAUGUCGAAGAGGAUUUUUAUUUCAUGGUUCCUGAUGGGAAGGGCGAGUGGAGGUUUCAGGGGUAUAUCGCUUGUUUUCCUGGGGGCUUCUUUAGUCCUCAGCGGGUGGGAGAGUCGUUUUGUGAGAUUCAUCAGCCGGUUCCUGGGUAUAAUGAGAGGAUUGGGAAGGGAGUUGAUAAAUUCGUUCAGAGAAUGAAGCCGGGCGAGUUGAUUCAGCGUUUUAAUGUAAGUUCCGUAUCCCCACACCUACGCUGAACGUCAAAGAUGGCGUACUAGCAUUAUUUCAUAUUCAGGCUAUCUCCAACCGUUAUUUUUGCCUACCUUAACCCUCCAUAUCACACAUAUACGCUAACAAUAAACAGUGGAGUCUCCAAUGCGACGGCAAAGACCUCUUCCGACUAGACGGCAACAACUUCUACCCCGAAAAAGGCCACACACUACCCGACCGUUCUAAAGCCAUCGAUCUCGAUCAAUCCUACCUUCGCUGCGAGCGCCAAACCCUCAAGAAGUUGAGGCGGAGCCAAGCGAUUGUUUUCUGCGUGCGCUCAUACAUGACCUCGCUACACGACAUUGUGAAGGAAGGGAAUGGAAUCAAGCUUGCCGAGGCAAUUGUCUCGAUGCCGGAGAAACUGGGUGAUUAUAAGAUGCGCCCGUUUUGGGAGAGAGAUGUGUUGCAUUAUUUGCGCACUGGGGAAAGAUAUGAGGGUUAA